AUGGAAACCAGUUUACUAUUUCAUUCCCUGCCUUUUAUUCGGAGCCUAGCUUUAAAAGUCUUUCCUCAAACACUCCCACAAUCAAUUCAGUACAUUUGUUUCCCUCUCGCCAUUACAAUUCUCUCUCUCUUUCCGAUAAUGCUUCCUGACCAUCUCCAGACAACCACAUCUUACGCUACUUUUCUCUCUCUCUCUCUCCCUUUCUCUGUCUCUCUUUGUCUCCUCCUCUCUCUCCUUCACUCUCCUUCGCGCUCAAGUUCCUUCUCCCUCGAUCUCUCUUUUUCUUGUUCUCCUUCUCUCUCUCCUUCGCUCUCCUUUGCGCUCACUCUCCUUCUCUAUGCUUUCUCGCACGCCUUCUCUCCCUCUCUCUUUCUCUUUCGCUCUCUCUCCUUCUCGCUCGCCUUCUCUCUCUGUCUCGUUCUCCUUCUCUCUCACAACAGGCAACUUCUGAUUAUUUAUUUAUUUUUUGUUAGAUUAAUUUAUGAGUUUGGUUAUGGUGUCAAUUCGGAUCUAUGUGAUGGAAGAAAUGAAAUGUGUUGGAUAAGUAACAUUGAAAAACGCGUGGAAAAGUGUUGCUUAGGGUUGGGGUAUGAAUCGACAUAUUAA